UUCUUUUCCUCUUUAAUAUAGCUGUCCUUCUUAUCUGAACUUGCUAUUGCUAUCUCUCUUCCAAAAGUCUUUCUUUACCGCCAUCGUCUAAAUUGCGGCUGAUUUUCAAGAUUUUAUCUUUUAUAAAUUCGGAAUACCUAUCUAAAAGGUUUAAUAAGCAAUGACUGCUUUAGCUCACGAAAAAGUUUGGUUGGACAGAAAUCUCUACAACGAUGCAGAAAAGGCAUAUUAUGAAUCUUUAUCAAAGGUCCGAGUGCCAUCACUUUCAUUAACUCAGUCAUCUUUGGCUAAUGAAGUCGCAAAGGCUAGGCAGCACAUCAAAAAUUCUCUUGAAUGUAUGGAUAGUGUUGCUACCUUGGCUGGUGUCCCAAACACAGAGCUUAACAACAAAGUCAAUAGUCUGUCAAAGGAGAAUAUUGAAUUAAAAAAAGCUAUAGAUGGAUUACGUAACUUGGUCAUCAGUCUUCAAGCAAGAGUGGAGUCAUUGGAGUCAAAUAGUAACAAACCCUUAACAGCAAAAGCUCAACCACAAGCUACUUCAAAGCCUUCAGUAGAUUCUGAUGAUGGUGUUGAUUUAUUCGGGUCUGACGAUGAAGAAGAGAGCGCGGAGGCUGCGAAACUCCGAGAGGAACGACUCGCUGCAUAUAAUGCUAAGAAGGCUAAAAAACCAGCAUUGAUUGCAAAGUCCAGCAUUAUUCUGGAUGUGAAGCCCUGGGAUGAUGAGACUGAUAUGGCUGAAAUGGAAAAAGCAGUUAGAAGCAUUGCCACUGAUGGUUUGCUUUGGGGAGCGUCCAAACUUGUGCCUUUAGCUUACGGCAUACACAAACUUCAGAUUUCGUGUGUCGUAGAAGAUGAUAAGGUGUCUGUGGACUGGUUAACUGAAGAAAUUGAGAAAAUUGAAGACUAUGUACAAAGCAUCGACAUAGCUGCUUUCAACAAGGUUUAACAAAAAAGGUGAAGAUUUUCUGUUCAAUAAAGUUUGAUAAUUUUUA